AUGUGUCAGCAGCAGCGCCAGCGUCCUCUUAUCAGGGAGGCACUGGGCACGAGGUGGAAUGUGUUCUGGCACGACAGGUAUUCGUAUCAGGCUGAUCUGGGAUGUCUUGAAGCGCCCGAGCUGUUAAUCUUGUAUAUCACGUUACCCCAUUUCCCUUUCACUGGGCUGCCCUGGCAUGGAUGGGGCUGUGCCAGUGUCUGACUGGCCUUGAAGUUUGGAAUUGAACUAGUCUGUGUGAGAGAAUCAACUUUUUUAAAUCUAAAAUAUGUGGCAACAAAGAAGAGCUAUAGGACAUUUAGGCAUGAACUGAUCAGCUAUUUUGCUAUGCAUUAUUUGCAGCUAUGAAGCAUUUGUUAAAUGCCUCAUGUUGACAGUUGGCUUAUUAUGUGCAUGAUACUCAUGACUUAUUCUUGCUCUGUCUCUCUUCAGAAUGGCGCUGGACAUCUAUGACUCUCAGUACCUGGUGAUCCUGGCCCCCUCCCUGGUUAUCGCCCUCAUCUUCCUCUUCUUCUGGCUCUUCAUGAAGGAGACCUCUUAUGACGAGGUGCUAGCCAGGCAGAAACGAGAUCUCAAGCUGCCACCCUCCAAACCAGACACCCGCAAGAAGAACGACAAGAAAAAGAGCAAGAAGAAGGAGAGCAGUAGCGGAGGAGGUGGCGGAGGAGGGGGAGGAGGAGAGUCUGAGGAAGACCUGCGGGACUUCGACGUGGCUGACGCAGUGAGCAGCUCCACCGCUGAGGAGGAGGAGCCUACCCCUGUGGCGCCACCCACCCCGGUUCCUGCCCCUGUGGCAACGCCAGCCGAGGCCCCUGCAGGGUUGAGGGAGAGGAAGAAGAAGGAGAAGAAAGCCGCCAAAGCUGCAGCCGCUCCCCCUGCCGAGGAACCUGAGGUGAACGGCACCAAGCAAGCUGGCCGCAAAGCAGAGUCCCCUGCCCCAAUGGCUAAACCCAGUCCCCCCUCACCCCAGCCUGACCCCCAGCCUCAGCCCCCAUGCCAGGCCCAGACCCCAUCCCAGCCCUCUGGCAAGAAGAAGAAGGAGAAGAAGCAGAAGACAGAGUCUGGUGAGUAGAAGGCCAGAGUGGCUUUAGUAGGAUGAGGAUGUGUGGUGCCUGGUGUGCUUGCCUGUGUCUGCAAACGGGGCUAGUGUCUUCCCUGAGGCCACUCAUCAGUGUCUGAGUGCUCAUCUAUUCUCCCGAAUCAAAUCUGAUUAUUUAAAGCACAGUAUGAGUAGGGAGCGGGAGGGAGUUUGUUACAAUGGCCAUUAACCUCAAAAUACCUUCUACACAAAUGUAUCUAUCAAAAGGCCAUCAUAAUGGCAUAUUUUUUCCUCGUAUCUCUAAAACCUAAUUGUCCUCUUGUUCGUUCCUGUCUAGUGGAGGAAGAGAUGAAGGUGGAGAAGGCUCCAGCUCCAGUCAAAAAGGAGGCUCCGGUGCCGAUGGAAACCAAAGCCCAAGAUAGUGCUGCCCCCCUAGCCACCACCACAACCAGUGGCAAGAAAAAGAACUCUGCCAAGAAGCAGAAGACUGAGCAUGGUAAGGAUGAUGAAUACUUACUGAUACUGCAGUGUAAUCAGAGUCAGAGCAGGUUCAGAGACAUUGUUUGAAGCUGCUAGCAGAAAGCAGAAGAAAUCUAAAUCUGCCUUUUUUGAAAAUGAAAUCCUUGGGCCAACUGUAUCUCGAUUUUUGUGUCUUGUCUGGUACCAGAUAUGACCAUGUGCUUCUGUCUCCCCCAUCCCUAGUGGAUGAUGUCCAGGCUGACUCUGCGGCUUCUGCCAACCACAAUGAUGAUGCGCCCUCCAAGGGGAGUGGCAAGAAACAGAAGAACGAGGCCAACAAAGGUGCGAAACCUACACUCCAACAUAUAGCUACUAUACCAUGUUUAAACCUCACAUAUGAACAGUGACAUUUUGUAAAUGUAUUUACACUGCACUAUUCUAUUCCACACUCAGCUACCAUACAACACAUAAUAUAAUUAAUCCUCUACCUGUAUGUGUGUAUUUGCAGAGAACUCUGAGUUGAAGCUGAAGGAGCUGCUGGUGAGCCUGGGUAGUCUGGCCUUGUCACAGGCAGAGGCUGUGAGUGUGGUCACUGUGCUUAAAGAGAAGAACCCCUCUGCCCUAGACGCCUGGCAGAAGUCUGCAGCUAAGGCUGACCCCUCAUCCCUGGAGAGAGAGAGGCUCCUCACCACUCUGCAGGAAGAGGCCUCCAUCGCCAAGGACAAGGUCCAGCAGCUCAGCAAGGUACAGCUGCACACACUCAUAAGAUAACCCUAAGAUACCAGUACAAUAAAGCAUAUCCUUUGACUACAUCACUGGUUGAUUACCUGUGGCUUGGUGACAUUUCACUCUGCUGCUGUUUCUGCCCAUCCCUCUGUUAGGAGCUGCAGCAGGAGAAGCAGAAGACUGUUAGAGCGGAGGCUGUUCUGAGGGACCAGCGUGGGGCAAUUGAGAAGGAGCUGAACGUCGUGCAGGCUAAAGCCCAGGGAGAGCUCCAGGGCAUGCAGAUGAAGGUGACCACCAUCCACCACUAAUACAACCUUUACCUUAACAGGCCAAACCUCAACUACCAUCACCCUUUACUGUCAUGCUUAAUACUCAGACAUCAGUCCUAAGGCAGUAUACAGAGUAGUGUUUCCGAUGCUGUAUGUUAGGUGGUAUUGACUCCCAGUGUUGUGUACUGUGUAGUUCCAGAAGCUGAGGGAGCAGCUGGAGGGUCAGAUCGCCAGGCUGCAGCAGGAGAACGCCAUCCUGAGAGACGCAGUCAGCUCUGCCACCAACCAGAUGGAGAACAAGUGAGAGCCACUUCCCAGCCCUCCUAGUUUGUAAAAAUGUUAAGGUCUUUGUUGUCCCCCACGUUCGUACGUUAGUCACACACGAUACCUCAGACAGCACUGGCCCGAUUUUGACGAAAUUUGGGUGAGCGAUGCGUCUUGCCAUAGAGAUCCGGCAUUUACAAAAUUAUACUGAUUGGUCAGAUGGUGGCACUAUAUGCAAUAAAAAAUAAAACAACUGGAAAGAUUUUCUGUUCAAAAAUUCCAAAUGACAUCCGUUUGACUGGUUUGUAAGGAAAUAGAAAGCUGUGAAAACGACCCAACAUGUUUCUGAUGAGAUUUCAAUUUGGCUUGGAUGCAUAUUUUUGUGGUUGAAAUACCGUCAGCAUUUAUGAUGCUGAUAAAGAUAGCACCUCUACAGACGGUAUCUAACUGCGCAUUCGCAUUCUCUCAAGAUGCUGAAAUAAAUAAAUCAUAUUUCUCUGCUCCUGUUCCCAAGUCCAAAUGUUGCCUACAUUUGGUAUCAUUUUACUCCAAGAAAUGCUUCAUUCUGCAGCAGUAAAUAUUAAGGCUGUGAGAGAGGUUAUAGACCUACAGUGUGUCCAGAUUUAACGCAUGUUUUUUGUAUUUUUUUGUUAGUAUUUUACCCCCUUUUUCUCCCCAAUUUCGAUCUUGUCUCAUCGCUGCAACUCCCCAACGUGCUCGGGAGAGGUGAAGGUGGAGUCAUGCGUCCCGCCUAACCGCGCUCCUUAACAGCCACCAGCCAGCCACACCAAUCUGUCGGAGGAAACAGUUUAACUGGCAACCGGGGUCAGCCUGCAGGCACCCGGCCCACCACAAGGAGUCGCUAGAACGCGAUUAGCCAAGUAAAGCCCCCCUGGCCAAACCCUCCCCUAACCCGUACGAUGCUGGGCCAAUUGUGCGCCGUCCUAUGGGACUCCUGGCCACGGCCGGUUGUGGCACAGCCCAGGAAUGAACCCGGGUCUGUAGUAACGCCUCUAGCACUGCUAUGCAGUGCCUUAGACCGCUGCGCCACUCGGGAGGCCCCAUUUAACCCAUCUUAACAGUAGGAUACAGUUCCUUUGACGUGCCAUAGGCCUAUUUGAAGUCCCCGUCUUGUGACUGUCGAAUUUGUAUAGCGCCUCACAAUCAUCACACAUAACAUAGCCAGACACCACUGGCCCCAUUUUGACGAAACUUGGGUGAAUGAUGCGUUUUGUCAUAGAGAUCCUUAAUUUACAAAAUGACACUGAUUAGGGGAUGACAUGUUUACUGUUGCCUUGUUUGGUAUUGUAUCGCAUCGUAGGAAUACUAGUUGUCUUUGAGGCAUGGCAUUGAUGAGUGUGUGGGUUGUAAUAGUCGGUGUGGUGUGUAUGGCAGGCAGUCAUCGGAGCUGAACCAGCUGCGCUCGGAGUACUCUGGUCUGAUGAAAGAGCUGGCGGAGAACAACAACAAGCUGCAGCAGGAGGAGCACCAGAGGAAGUCCCUGGAGGUCAACUACAAGCAGAACGUGUCUCAGCUAGAGGUAUGCUGUCUGUCAGGGGAGGGGCCCGUGCCUAACACAGGCAUCUUAUUUAGUUAUUUAUUCAGCUCAUAGUUCACUAGGCUGCCCCACAGAGAUGAAACACAAAGGAAUCUCUCCUUCAUGGUGAGGACUGGACUGUUUAGGGUUUCUCACUGUAACCGUGGGAGGGCCUGUGUCUGUCCAUCCUAAGGAGGGCUGGGUGGGCCUGUUUCUGUCCAUCCUAAGGAGGGCUGGGUGGUGUGUAAUAGAACAAGGAAGUGGAGAAUUUGUUGGCUCAGGAAGUUAGGGCUGUUUGAAGCUUUGUGCUCAGUAUAAACACUGCUUCCCUGCAACGCACACCCAGGUUGGCCUUUCUUGUGUUUGUCAUCACCAUAAGCACAGUACAGUACAGUGAGAGGUUGUCAGUGUAUGUACACUGUUAAAAUGCUAAAUGUCAUGGUGUCCCGUGGUCACCAGGCUCAACUGCAGGACGCUAAGCGCGGCUGGGAGGAGCUCCAGAACUACCUCCACAAUGUCAACGCAGAGAGGGAGAAACUUCAUGCUGCUAAAGAAGGUGAUCACAGAGAUUCUAUAAACAGACCUCUGAAACUCAAGCUAAUGCACCUCCCAUUGCUAAUAAGUAUUAAGAAUAUUUGCAAGCCAAUUUUGAGCACCAUUCUCAUGAGCACCACAUGUAUAAGUGGCUUGUGUUUUAUACCCAGUAAGUUAUUUUAUCUGGUGUGCCUCUCCUCUCUCAGAGCUGCAGAGCCAGUUGCUGGCGGUGGAGACAGAGAUGAGCAACAAGAAUAAGGAGAUCCAGACGCUGCACAGCAGCCUGACCGACACCAUCGUGUCCAAGGACCAGGUGGAGCAAAAGGUGAUGCAGCUGCUGGAGGUGUCCCAGCACAGCCUUGCUGAAGACUCAGUGCAGGUCCAGGUAGGGGAACACAGCCCUUAUUGUUGUAAUGACAGAUGUGAUGUGUAUAACAAUAACACGUUCCCUAGUGUGUGCAUUCACCAAUGAUUUACAGUUGACAGUUAUACUUGGAUGUUGUGGUUAUUGUGCCAGGUGUGGACAGGUCGUCUUUACACUCGCAAACCUUUCAGAAACAAGGGAGAGGGGUAGUUAAAAAGGGUGAAACGGCUUGGAUGAGAAACUGGGGGAUAAAACAAUAGGCUUCUUUUUAAGUAUUUCUGUAAUAUUUAUAUUUUUUGCACAAAGAUAUUCUGGUAUGCACUGAAAAUAACCUCCUUUGUUCCUAACAGGAUCUCCUGAGUGAAAAAUGUGGCCUUAAGGCCCAGAUUGAGACUCUGCAGGCCCAGUUGAGCUCCCAGGUAUGGACGAGCAUGUUUCACCCUUUAGUUCAUCAACAAGAGUCGAUAUGUUUCUAUUUGUAUACCGGUAUGUGAGUGUGUUGUGACUACUGUCUUCCCUCCUCUUUCAGGCCACUACUGUCUCCCACUUUGAGGAGCUGCAGAAGCUGUAAGUGUUUUACAAGUCGAAAUGAAUGCCCACCCCACUUGCACAUGUGCUUAGCCUGAUCUUUGAAUGUCCAUUUGUUCCAUAUAAUGUCCUCUCUGACUCUUCUCGCUGUCCUAUGGGUUGUGUUGCUGACUCCGGUCAUGUGUGGUUGUGUCCAGGCUGGCUGAGAAGGAGCUGCAGAGGAAAAGUCUGGAGGACUCCCUGAAUACUGAGAGGAGCAGUGGCGCCAUCAGGGAAAAUAACAUGCAGGUACCUACAGUAAAACUCUAUAAUACUGUCUAAACCCCCAUUUAUUACACCAGCUCUGUAUAUUAUGGUCUGUUAACUGGCUGGAAUGUGUUGAGCUGUAGGAAUGCUGCACACAGUACGGUGGUUUGAUUUGAAGGGCUUACUGUACAUACAAUUUCUGUCUUCGUGAAGCAUAUUAGCUAAUAGUUAUAAAACAGAAAUAUGACAAUCCCUCUGGGCCCCUUUUGUCCAUUUAUCAAAGUGAAUUAGAUGGAAAUAUUUGUAUUAGUAUAAAGAUAUUAUCAAACUACUGUAGACCUACAUACAUACUGUCAACUUAAUAGUAAGAUAUCUCCUUCAUAUGAUAUUAAUGUUGUUGACUGGGCCUCCUGCCCUCACCCUCAUUUAUCUUUUUCUUCUCUCUCCACAGGCCAUGCACAAUGAGAACAUGGCACUGAAGGCAGAUCUCCAGAAUCAGAUUUCUGAACAGGUCAGAAGUGAAAAACGCCUGUUUUCUUAGAUGGAACUCCUGCUGUGAUCUACCAGUCCCUCAGUAUGCACACCCUCUGACAACCUCUCUCUCUCGCUCUCCUUCUCUCCUCUAGACUGUUUCUCAGCUGGCCUUGGACCAGUUCCAGAAGAGGUGUGUGCAUUUUAAAGCAGUUUAGAUCCUGCCAGGGAGUUGACUGUUCUGCUUCCCAUUGUAUCUAGUUACAUAAAAUGUGCACUAAUAUGAUCCUUAGUGGUGGGUAGUUUUACAAGUAGAUGAACUGUCGUCUUCUUGCCUCUAUUUAGAAACGUGGUUUUAAGACCACACCAGAAAACAAUGCUAUAAUUCACGUUGACCCUGUCUCACCAUGUGUCUCUGUGUUUGUGUUGUGCCCCCCGUAGUGUUCAAGAGCGGGAGGAGAAAAUCAAGACUGUGGAGGACCUACUGAAGAUGGGAAUGAUUGAGGUGGCCAAUAAGGAGGAGGAAUUGAAGGUGAGUAGGGGUCAAGGGUCGGGAAUGAGCUUGACCCGCCUGACAUCACAGUGGUGAUCAUUGUGUAGACAAAUAUUGUUCAAGUGUUGUUUAAAAUCAAAUUGCUUUGUCUGUCUGUCAGACUGUAAGAGAAGAGAAGAAUGCUCUGAAACGAGAGAUGGAGGCUUUAAUGCUUCAGACUACUGAACAGGUAAGUACCCACACUGAUCUGCUGUGUUUUUAUUUUGGAGAGUCUCGACCCCGUUCCCUCAUUGGAUUCUCACUUCAUUUUUUCCUCUUGUCUUUUCCUACACAGACAUCAUCUGAUUUGAUAGUGGAAGGUCUACAGAGCAAGUAAGUCAAUAAAAAUACCACUUUUUGUCUAGCAACUGCUAUGAAACAUCUUGCCACAUUCAUGGAUAAUUUGUUCUGUGUUCAAUAAGUUUUGUCAUUCUGUGUUUAAAGGAUCCAAGAGAAAGAUGAGCAGAUUAAGUCAAUGGAGGAGAGCCUACAGGCAGCACAGGCGAGUGGCUCCAGCAAUGGGAUGACCAUUGAGGUGUGUUUUCAUAGUUCUACUUCUUUUACUCUCUCUCUCUCUCAGCUGUAUGUCAGAAACAUCAUAUGGCAAUGUACUCUGCAUUUUGAUUCAUGUGAUUUUGUAAUGCCAGACUUGUAACAAAUGUGAAAUGAAAAUGUUUUCACGUUUUAAACAUUGUAUAUAGUGUGUUUUGACUUUGCCCAAUGUUACAGUUUUGAUUCUGGAUUGUACUGUGCUGUGUCUCCCUGCUGGGUGUUGAUGUGACUGUGUGUGUGUUGUCCCUGCAGUCUCUGGAGCAGCAGGUGGCGGGGCUGCAGGCUGACAUGGAGCAGCUGAGACAGAAGCAGGCUGAGGACACCACCAGUGCCAGAGACCAGCUCCUAGAACUACAGACACAGUAAGUCUACUGGACUAUCCCUCCACUCUGACCUACUCUACUGCAUUGUACUCUGAGAUGUUAGACUAACACACAGUCUUUGUCCAGGCUUGCUGCGAAGGACCAGGAGAUCCAGACACUACAGAGUGAGUUGGAGACAAGGGCCAAGGAGGUGAGCGACAAGGUGCAGGAACUACAGCAGAGACAGGUGAGGGAAGAGGUGGAAACAGUUUAUUGGUGACCUUUAUUGGCUGAAUGGGAGAGUGAGAGAAAAGUUAACAACUUUUUUCUUCUUCUAGCAGACCCACACAGAGGCACCAAGCCCAGAACUGCUGACAGCGUGAGUCACUGCAAUACUUCACAGAAUUCCCUUCAAUAUACAGUAGGUGUCCCUUGGCAUGGGGCCACCCAGCAGUGUUGUGAUUGGUAGUGGUGGUAAUGUAUGUGUGGUGGUGUUCUGUCCUCCAGGUUGGCAGAGAAGGAGAAGCAGGUGUCUGAUCUCCAGGGAGAGCUGGCUAAGCUGAGGGAGUCCCUGGAGCUUCACAGGAAUAAGAACAACGUAGGUGUCCUGUCCUGCAGACAGUGCUGCUACUGCCUCAGCCCACACUACCAGUGUACCCUCCACAUCUCCAGUCUAGCCCUGCGAUACAUCUGCAGACCUCAUCCUUGAUGUGCUUCCCUAAACCACACCUCUCUGUGAUGUCACACUACCCAUGCAUAAUCUCCCUCUAUUCCUUUUACAAAGUGGUUAGGUUGCAUUUUGUUGCAGACUAGGAAUAUUUAUUAAUCUACUUUAAACUAUUCAAGCCAAUUAUACAUUUACAUUUUAGAGCAGUUAAUUUGCUAUUCUAUGCUUAUGCUGGCUAAGGCUUGCUACAAUCAAACAGUACAGUUUUUUAGGGCAGUCAGUAUACUCUGCUCUGUCCUUCGCCAUGUUUACAAGGACUGACUAUUUCUGUGUGUCAGCAUGCAUGUCUGUGCGUGUGAAUGCUCCGCUUAACAACGGCCUUGUUUUGCAGAGACAGACAGCUACCUGGUUUUGCAGAGACAGACAGCUACCUUGUUUUGCAGAGACAGACAGCUACCUUGUUUUGCAGAGACAGACAGCUACCUUGUUUUGCAGAGACAGACAGCUACCUUGUUUUGCAGAGACAGACAGCUACCUUGUUUUGCAGAGACAGACAGCUACCUGGUUUUGCAGAGACAGACAGCUACCUGGUUUUGCAGAGACAGACAGCUACCUGGUUUUGCAGAGACAGACAGCUACCUUGUUUUGCAGAGACAGACAGCUACCUGGUUUUGCAGAGACAGACAGCUACCUUGUUUUGCAGAGACCGACAGCUACCUUGUUUUGCAGAGACAGACAGCUACCUGGUUUUGCAGAGACAGACAGCUACCUGGUUUUGCAGAGACAGACAGCUACCUUGUUGACUAGCUCUAUAUUAUGUGAUUUGGCGUUUCCUAUCUAGACACAUUGGACUUUUUUGACAGUGAGUUGCAGCUCUCAUUCUUCACGUUAUUUCAGUUUGUCUAUGCCAAAGACCUCUACUGUGUUCCUAUCAGAGCUGUUUCACUGUUUGUUUUUGACAAUACAGUUUAGUAUCUGAUCCUUCUAAAGACUCGAUCAUUAGAUGGCCAACUCAUGUUAAGUUGAGCUUGACCCUUCGACUGGUUUACAGGUAAAAUGCAGUGAGGAUUUUCUUUAAACCUAGACUCCGAAACAGGAUAGGACAGGACAGCCGUGCAGAAAAGGAGAGUAAACAUUUUUUGCUAAUGGUUCUCUGUUCAUCCCUAUAUAAAGUGUGUUUGUGGGUCACUGCAUACUUUUCCCUGAGGCUGAACUGAAAGUGAUAUCUCUCUGAAACUGACCAGGAGCUUCGGGUGAAAAACUGGAGCGCUAUGGAGGCUCUGGCAGCCACCGAGUCCAUGCUUCAGGGGAAACUCAGCAAGGCCCUCAAGGUUCGGACCCCACUUCCAGUCUGCUUCACUCUAGAUUGAAAAUCUGAUGCAUCCCCAAACAGCUAUUGCCAUAAUCGACCAGUGAGAUUACUCCAUCAUUCAUACAUGCUGCUGCAUACUCAUUUCUCCUCUCCCUCUGCAUUCUGGCCCUGAAUAAUUGGCAGUCUGUCUCCAUUAAGCUAUUCCCCUCAGGAAUUUCGCAAAGACUAAUGUAUUUUUAUGUAGAAUUUUAACACUGCUCUUCUUGAGUUCUGCUUGCUAUUCCGCGCUAGAAUGUAUUGACCUCUUAAAGGACACAAUCUUCAGCCUCCUGAGUGGCGCAGCGGUCUAAGGCACUGCAUCGCAGUGCUUGAGGCGUCGCUACAGACCCGGGUUCGAUCCCAGGCUGUGUCACAGCCGGCUGUGACUGGGAGACCAUGAGGCGGCGCACAAUUGGCCCAGCGUCGUCCGGGUUAGGGGAGGGUUUGGCCGGCCGGGAUUUCCUUGUCCCAUCGCGCUCUAGCGACUCCUUGUGGCGGGCAGGGCGACUGCAUGCUGACUUUGGUCGCCAGCGGGACAGUGUUUCCUCUGACACAUUGGUGCGGCUGGCUUCCGGGUUAAGCGAGCAGUGUGUCAAGAAGCAGUGCGGCUUGGCGGGGUCGUGUUUCGGAGGACGCAUGGCUCUCGAACCUUUGCCUGUCCCGAGUCCGUAGGGGAGUUGCAGCAAUGGGACAAGACUAUAACUACCAAUUUGGAUAUCACGAAAUUGGGGGGGAAAUGUAAAAACUAAAAAAGGACACAUUCUUCUUGUCUUAUACAAUACAACUAUUUAUUUUAACUACAUCAAUUCCAAUAUAUAGUAAAGAAACUGACAUUUGAAAAUGAGUAUGCAGUGACUGACUCCAGAUUUCAUGUAGAUGGUCAUAAUAAGUUUGAGAUCCAUGGUCUUCACGAUGCUCCUCUCUCUCCCUGCCAUGUGCUUUCCUCAUUUUCUCUCCCCAAUCCAGCAUGUGUUCCAUUCUGCUUUGUGUAUAUACUGUCAUCAUUACAGCCAUCAGCCUCUAAUGAAAUUCUAUUCUAAGAUUUUCUAAAUCAAUUUGAUCUUGCAGAAUAGCCUUUUGAAAAAUAAUGUCCAGAAUAUGUGUAAUUAGUCAACAUAAUUGUUUUGUGUAAAAUAAUUGUUGGAAGCAACAAAACACGUACUGAAUAUCAGUGAUUUAUUAUAGAACUAUGGUGGUACUGUACUCUGUGUGGAUAUGUCUAUCAUGUUAUUGCAUCGAACCAUUAGAAACCAGACAGCCCCUCAGCUUAGCUGCUGUUUUAUAUCCACCCAGUUGUUUCCUAAGGAUUUUUUUGUCUUCUUACAUUUUUGACUUACAGGAGCGAUUGGGGUUAAGUGUCUUGCUCAAGGGCACAUCAGCAGAUUUUUUCCACAUAGUCGGCUCGGGGAUUUGAACCAGUGACCUUCCGGUAGCUGGCCCAGUGCUCUUAACCGCUAGGCUACCUGCCGCCCCUCUUCAGUGAGAAUCUGAUCUGCCAUGGCCCUUUGCUUAGCCAUAUGUAUUUAGGGAUGCACUAGUAAACCAUAGACUAACACAUUGCUCUCCUACUAUAAACAGUUGUGGGGGGUUCAGUGUAUUUUUUCCUUAGCUCAAACCGCCGGUGACCCCCGUUCCUCUCCAUGUCAAUACAGCAGACAGGGUACAUAGUGAACUGAUUUACCCAGCAGCUGCUCUCAGCCAUUUUGGUACAGUAAAAAUGACCUUAUUUAAGCUGAGUGGCUGAGUGUAAGAGUUUCUGGACACCUGUUGUGUACGCUCAGGAAAGUGCAUGCUUGUACACAUUCUAAAGCAUAUGUCGUAGUGUAGAGCAUAUUCUGAUCACAACACAAGGUGUUAAUGAGAGUAGAGGUGAAUGUGCCAGCUGUCUGUUACAGGACUCACUCCAUCGGAGGGUAAAGGGGUUAUACAGGACAUCGCUCUCCUUCUGGGAGUUUCAAGCCUUGUGCAGCUAAUGUGCUUAACGGUACCAACAUUGUGGUUUUUGUUAUCCGAGUGGCGCAGUGGUCUAAGGCACUGCAUCGCAGUGCUAGCUGUGCCACUAGAGAUCCUGGUUCGAGUCCAGGCUCUGUCGCAGCCGGCCGCGACCGGGAGAUCCAUGGGCGGCGCACAAUUGGUCCAGCGUUGUCCAGGGUAGGGGAGGGUUUGGCCGGCAGGGAUGUGGGUUCGUUUCCCACGGGGGGCCAGUAUUAGGGAAAAAAAUAAAUAAAAUAAAUACCAUGUAUGCAUUCACUAACUGUAAGUCGCUCUGGAUAACAGCAUCUGCUAAAUGACUAAAAUGUAAAUGUAAGUAUGUGUGGUGAUCUAUGGAUGUCUGUCUCUGGGCAGAAUGUUAGCUUCUCAUGGGCAUUACUGUGCUGCAACUAUAUGAACACAAGUGACUGAUGUUCCUCCUUGAGAGGAUAAAAAAUAUUAAAUAAGUGAACCUGUGUAGGGUGUGGUCUAAAGCUUGAGGAACUUGUCUCGUGGUUGUGGAUGUGUGUCUGCUGAACAGUGGGGCGUAUGAAUACUUGCUUGGAGCGCACACUAAAUAAUUGAGCCAUUGUAAAUGUUAGCUGUUUGUUCACUGGAAUGUCAUGGCGAGGGAGUUGUGCUUGUCAGAGGCCAUGCUCCUGUAUGCGCUCUGAGAUGAGACGAGUGAAACCAAGCAACCAGAGGUAGUGUCCUGAGGCUAUUUAGCUAACUACUGUACCGGUUCCCCAAAUGUGUGUGUGAGCCCUGAGUGCAGUCCAUGUUGAAUGUCCUCUUCUCUUUCCUCCUCUUCAGGAGAACCAGACGGCCCUGGAGAUAGCCCAGGCAGAGUGUCGAGAUGUUCUGCACAGACUGCUACCGAACGUGCCUCUGCCCACUGAACAGGUAAGGGCUCCCAUAAUAUAAUAAUAUGCCAUUUAGCAGACGCUUUUAUCCAAAGCGACUUAGUCAUGUGCGCAUACAUUUUUACGUAUGGGUGGUCCCGGGGAUCAAACCCACUACCCUGGCGUUACAAGCGCCAUUCUCUACCAAUUGAGCUACAGAGGAUCUAUGAUAUUUAUAUAUAUAUAUAUAUAUAUAUAUAUAUACACACACACACACACACACACACACACACACACACACACACACACACACACACACACACACAGUGGGGAGAACAAGUAUUUGAUACACUGCCGAUUUUGCAGGUUUUCCUACUUACAAAGCAUGUAGAGGUCUGUAAUUUUUUAUCAUAGGUACACUUCAACUGUGAGAGACGGAAUCUAAAACAAAAAUCCAGAAAAUCACAUUGUAUGAUUUUUAAGUAAUUAAUUUGCAUUUUAUUGCAUGACAUAAGUAUUUGAUACAUCAGAAAAGCAGAACUUAAUAUUUGGUACAGAAACCUUUGUUUGCAAUUACAGAGAUCAUACGUUUCCUGUAGGUCUUGACCAGGUUUGCACACACUGCAGCAGGGAUUUUGGCCCACUCCUCCAUACAGACCUUCUCCAGAUCCUUCAGGUUUCGGGGCUGUUGCUGGGCAAUUUGGACUUUCAGCUCCCUCCAAAGAUUUUCUAUUGGGUUCAGGUCUGGAGACUGGCUAGGCCACUCCAGGACCUUGAGAUGCUUCUUACGGAGCCACUCCUUAGUUGCCCUGGCUGUGUGUUUCGGGUCGUUGUCAUGCUGGAAGACCCAGCCACGACCCAUCUUCAAUGCUCUUACUGAGGGAAGGAGGUUGUUGGCCAAGAUCUCGCGAUACAUGGCCCCAUCCAUCCUCCCUUCAAUACGGUGCAGUCGUCCUGUCCCCUUUGCAGAAAAGCAUCCCCAAAGAAUGAUGUUUCCACCUCCAUGCUUCACGGUUGGGAUGGUGUUCUUGGGGUUGUACUCAUCCUUCUUCUUCCUCCAAACACGGCGAGUGGAGUUUAGACCAAAAAGCUCUAUUUUUGUCUCAUCAGACCACAUGACCUUCUCCCAUUCCUCCUCUGGAUCAUCCAGAUGGUCAUUGGCAAACUUCAGACGGGACAUGCGCUGGCUUGAGCAGGGGGACCUUGCGUGCGCUGCAGGAUUUUUAAUCCAUGACGGCGUAGUGUGUUACUAAUGGUUUUCUUUGAGACUGUGGUCCCAGCUCUCUUCAGGUCAUUGACCAGGUCCUGCCGUGUAGUUCUGGGCUGAUCCCUCACCUUCCUCAUGAUCAUUGAUGCCCCACGAGGUGAGAUCUUGCAUGGAGCCCCAGACCGAGGGUGAUUGACCGUCAUCUUGAACUUCUUCCAUUUUCUAAUAAUUGCGCCAACAGUUGUUGCCUUCUCACCAAGCUGCUUGCCUAGUGUCCUGUAGCCCAUCCCAGCCUUGUGCAGGUCUACAAUUUUAUCCCUGAUGUCCUUACACAGCUCUCUGGUCUUGGCCAUUGUGGAGAGGUUGUGGAGAGGUGUCUUUUAUACAGGUAACGAGGUCAAACAGGUGCAGUUAAUACAGGUAAUGAGUGGAGAACAGGAGGGCUUCUUAAAGAAAAACUAACAGGUCUGUGAGAGCUGGAAUUCUUACUGGUUGGUAGGUGAUCAAAUACUUAUGUCAUGCAAUAAAAUGCAAAUGAAUUACUUAAAAAUCAUACAAUGUGUUUUUCUGGAUUUUUGUUUUAGAUUCCGUCUCUCACAGUUGAAGUGUACCUAUGAUAAAAAUUACAUCUACAUGCUUUGUAAGUAGGAAACCCUGCAAAAUCGGCAGUGUAUCAAAUACUUGUUCUCCCCACUGUAUAUGUAUAUAUAUGUAUAUGUAUAUGCAAUUCAGCAGACGCUUUUAUCUAAAUCGACUUAGUCAUACUUGCAUAAAUUGUACGUAUAUGGGUGGUCUCUGAAAUUGAACCGACUAUACAGCCAUUGCAAGCGCCAUGCUCUACCAACUGAGCUACAGAGGACCACAUGAUGUGAUAUUCAAUUAUAAGUUAAUAUUUUCAUGUCCUAUAGUUUUCUAUCUUCACUACCGUCUUCUCUCUCAGAACCACCGGGAGUGGCUGCAGAGGUUUGAGACUGCAGUGAGAGAGGCCGCAGCAGCAGAGCCCAACCCUGCCCCUGAAGCAGCACCUGAACCAGCUCCAGAGGGCUCCGAGGACACCAAGGUGACGUCACAGCCUUUACGGUUUCUUAAAAAAUAGUUGUAUGUUUUCAAAUGUCUGAGAACUGAGGUGGAAAGAAGUGUAACCAGUGCUGUUCCUUUCACCAGGUAUUGGCUGAAAAGCUGAAGGAAUCUGAAGAGGCCCAGAAGGUUCUACAGAAAGAUUGUGAGACGUACAAGAAAGUGUUGGCUGAGACGGUGAGGAGAUGCUCUCUGUCAGUGUCCUGUAGAUAAUGCUAUAAAGGCCUCAGUUUUUGUUUUUACACUGCUGCUACUCGCUGUUUAUUAUCUAUGCAUAGUCACAUGACACAUUACCUCGACUAACCUGUCGAUAACAUUGACUCGGUACCGGUACCCCCUGUAUAUAGCAUUGUUAUUGUUAAUGUCAUUUUCUUGUUACUUUUUUAUUAUUUUUUCUUUUUUACUUUAGUUUAUUUAGUAAAUAUUUUCUUAACUCUAUUUCUUGAACUGCAUUGUUGGUUAAGGGCUUGUAAGUAAGCAUUUCACAGUAAUGGAAUUCCGCGCAAGUGACAAAUACAAUUAUUUUAUUUGAUUGUGCCUUUUAAACUAACCUGUAAUACCCUUUACUGUCCACAGGAGGGCAUCCUUCAGCGUCUCCAGAGCAGUGUGGAGAAGGAGGAGUCUCGCUGGAAGGUGAAGCUGGAUCUGUCACAGACAGAGCUGAAAGAGGUGAACACUGAAGACCAUUCAAUCAAACUCAAUUUGUAUUUAUAUUGUCCUUUUAACCACAAUAUAAUUGGUAUGUGUGGUGCUUAUGGUCACUCUCCUGCCCUCUCUUUCCUAGAUGAGCGAGAAAGUUGCAGCACUGGAGCAGGAGGUAGACAGACUGAGCGACAGCGGGGAGUUGGACAACGUCAGUCCUUCAGUUACACACUUAACACAUCUCUCAGCAAUUGUAUUAGUCACUUUACAUCAGUUGACUCAUUAAAUGUAAGUGAUUUUCAUAGGUCAAAAUUCCUUGUUUUGUUCUUCCAUAGUUGAUAAAAGACAAGCAGCACCUUGAGUCUGAGCUGGAGAAAGCAGAGCGUGAGAGCGCCACCUAUGUGACAGAGGUCAGAGAGGUGAGCUGACUAUACUUCCUGUCAUCUACCAGUCAUACUCAGUCAUGUCAUAGUGAUUAUCCAUCUAUGUAGUCAUUCCCCUCUGCAUUGUUUGUGGGUGGCAGUGUACUGUAUGUUUAUGGUGCAUGUCUCUGUGUUUACUGUUUGUGGUAUCCACCAUUGUGUUUGUACAUGCAACAAUUGCACAUUACAUUCAUAGUUCAUACACCACACAGUUCAUUCUGGUAUGUUCUGUUAUAGAAUUUGGUUGAAAUGGUUACACACUUUACACAAUAACUUACAGAACUUGUAUUUCUCACACUAACAAAUCAGACUGAGUCUGCCCUGUUGUUGUUAAAACAUUGGAGUCACUGCAGUUACACAGAACAAAAACAUUGUCAUUCAUAUCACCACAUAAUUCCUCCAUUGAUUGAGAAUGUGUUUUAUGUAGAUGCUUGUAGAGCAUUGAUUAAAGGUAGAAAAACCAACCAAACAGCUUGAUGCUAUAGGCUAGUACACUCUCGCCCUAGCAGCCGAUCGACCACCCCGUUCCCCUGCUUCAACUGUGUAGCGUUCUUUCCACUGGCUCCCCGGAUCCCACAGCUACCCGUUAAAAACAUCUCACACUUCAUUUCAGCUCAAAGAUCUGUUGACUGAACUGCAGAGCAAACUUGAUGGCUCUUAUAAAGAAGCAGUCAGGCAGAAUGAGGAGCUGAAUUUGGUAAGCCUUGCUCACCCAUAUAGGCAGAGCUUCCAUAACCUGUCCCUCCUCCCUACUGCACCACCCAACGUUAUCUCUGGGGUCACCACCUGCCUAGAGAAUACAGGGUCCUCCGAGUCCUCUGGGAGUCAGUACAUCUAUCUACAACCUAUGGAUACAGUAGUGAUAUAAGCUCAAAUGCAACAUUGGCUAAACUGUUUUUAUAUACAAGAUGCAUGCAUAAGGUGUGUUUUCUUUGCUUUUUAGGAGCCAGUUAUAUUCUUAGUGUAACGUUAGACUGGAGUAUUAGUAUCAUAGGUUAUAGAUGAUGGACCACCCUUACUCUGUGAUAGGACAGACUAACAAUCAAUCAUCAAAUGUCAUAAAGUGCUAUACAGAAACCCAGCCUAAAACCCCAAACAGCAAGCAAUGCAGAUGUAGAAGCAUGGUGGCUACGAAAAUCUCCCUAGAAAGGCAGAAACCUAGAGAGCAACCAGGCUCUGAGGGGUGGCCAGUCCCCUUUUGGCUGUGCCUUGUGGAGAUUAUAACAGUACAUGGCCAUUAAGGCCAGAUUUUUCUCCAAGAUCUUCAAACGUUCAUAGAUGUCCAACAGGGUCAAAUAAUAAUCACAGUGGUUUUAGAGGUUGCAACAGGUCAGUACAUCAGGAGUAAAUGUCACUUGGCUUUUCAUAGCCGGGCAUUUAGAGGUUGAAAUAGCAGGUGCAGUAGAGGGAGAGAGUUGAAAACUAACACACACUACUGUUUCCACUCUGUACAUGAUCUACUAUGCCAUCACUACUACUAACAGGCUUAUAGUGGCUUACUGCUACUCCUGCACAAUAAGCUUUUCCAUGUCAGCCAUCUUUGGGGAUACAUUAUAUGCUUUCAACUGCACACACACUUUCAUCGCUUAAUCAUUCUUCUGCCUCCACACACAGUUGGAACAUUUUCAAUGUCUGUCUCGUUGUCUUGUCUGUCUCGUCUUGCCUCCCUCUGUCUGUGAACAUCUUCAAGGAUAACUAAAACAUCUCUGCUGGUUUUUCAUUGAUAAUACAACAUUUAAUAUCUUUAUCAGUCUCUAGCUAAUCAUUAAAUAGCUAGUUUAGUAGAGACAUAACUGACAUCAGUUGCCAUAAGUAGCUAUUUAUACAUGUCUCAACCACUCUAAAAGCCAAGUGAAACCACUGUUGGUGUAUGCAAAACAGAGAUGUUGUCAUUUGUCUUGGUAUAAAUAUUUGAAUACCACCUCAGUUAUGCAAAUUCCCCCCUCCAAACAGUUUGAGAUCAGAUUUCACCAGGAGUGGGGCUGUCAUUGUCAUGUGUUAAUUGUCUCAUCUCUGGUGUUUGGUUGCAGCUGAAGACCCAGCUGACUGAGACUCUGUCCAAACUGGAGACCGAGGAGUGUGAGAGGCAGAAGGUGGCUGGAGAUCUCUAUAAGGUAAGACGGCCCCUUGUCUCUCAGGAUUGGACUACCUUUAGUUUGUUUGGAUUUACAUUGCUGUUAGAGAAACAAUUAGUCACCAGUCCAAGUCUAGAAAGAAACAACUUACUCUAGGAGCUAGGGAUGUUAACGGUUAGCCGCCGAAAAUACAUUUCACCAGUCAUGCUUAUCGGUCUAAUUUGCAUAAUUGUGUGGUAUUAAAUUGGCGAGUGUGUAUUUUCGUUAGUCGUCAUGCAUCUUAUUUAUCACACGUGCACAGCAUACCAAGCCUAGUUUGAGGAGCGCUCAAAAAGUCUGUAGGCUACCGAAAUGAAACCUGCGUUUGUAAGCCCAGUCAUUGUGCAACAAAUAACAAUUCUGGCCACGAUUAAAAGGAGCUAUUUUUAUUUCUCAAUCUCAACUCGUAAUUAAAGCGCGCCUCCAAUUCGCCGUUCGGAUGCAUAGGCUAUAGCCUGCCUACUGUUGACUAUCAACGCGUCACCCACCACUUUGCAAUGUGAGUUUGAGGCAGUAUAAUUGUUUGAAACCUGAAUGUUUUAGUUUACUUCAAAUAAUGAGGCAUGUCUUACCUUGCUUCAAAGUAGCCUUGCGAAAAUCCAUCUGUAGAAACGUAGAUGCAAUUAUUUUAUAAAGACUUCCUCAUGCCAUUAACUGGCAUUUCUCUCCUGUUCUAUUGGUUUUCAUAACUUUAUUUCGUUGUCCAGAAGCCAAAGGCACAAUCCUAGUCAUAUUAGCAACCCAUCAUAGUUGUUGCUAUUAGAUUCCCCCUCUUUCUAAGUUUCUAACUGAGAUUUAAAUCAGUCACAACUGCUCGUAUUAGGAUAGAGCUGUGUUUUCCGCUAAUUGCAUUUUGGCCAAUGUUUGAAAAUGAUGUUUUAUUAGCUGCUUCAUUACAGCAGUUGCAUGUUCAAUAAUAGGCUAUAGCCUUUUGAACUGUAAGAUGAUAGGCUUGCUAUUGUUGCAUGUUUCCAUUAAGGUCUUAAUGAAAAAUGUCCUGUGCAUGCAUAGUAUCAGAGAGGAAGAGGCAAAGCGAGAGUGAAAUCCGUCCAAAAUAAAAAGUUUCUAUGGGCUUAUUUUGGGCCUAAGCUUGUCGCCUGUCUUCCUGCCUUGGGCCAACUCUCAUUGUUAGGGUGGAAACAUACGCAUCUCAUCAUUAUAUACAGAUCUCUAAUAGUAUUUUCUGUUGGUCACGUAAUUUUACUGUUUGGAAUUAUUUUGACCAAGAUUUGCAUCCCUACUAGGAGCUAAAUACACACUGAGCAUUUUAAUAUGUGGAUGUGUUGAACACACUUAUAUUACCUGAAAUGUAAGCUUAAAUGUUUCUUGUAAUUUCCCCCACCCUGCUCCACCUCAGGCCCAGCAGUCUCUGGACCUGAUCCAGGAGGAGCUCUUCAAAGAGACUGGCCAGGGUGACCUGAUAGAGAACAGCAACCUCUCAUCACACGUAAGACUUACUGGAGGGGGAAGGGGAACUGUUUGUGGCUGUAUGUUAAAGACAGUCCGUUGCACUUAUUAUCUAGGUAGUGUAAAUUCAUGGUAAAAACAAAGGUAUCUCGCUACUAGUAGUUGUAGUAUUGAUAGUUAGUAGAUGUAGUUGUGUAUUGAAUCUAACCAGUCUUUAAAUAGGGGUUGUUUUAUUGACAAGUAGGUGUAGUUAUAUUAAAAGUGACUAGAGGGUAGUAACUAACCCGUCACUGUGUCCUUCAGGAGGAGAUUGACAGGAAGGAGAAAAAGACGGCAGGGCUGAACCAAACUGUGAGGGAACUGCAGCAGCUGCUACAGGCCGUCAACCGGCAACUCACCAAGAGACAGGAGGCGGUACGACGUUGUAUUUAUUAUGGAUCCACAAUAUAAAAAUACAGCCAUCGAAAGAAGGCUUUAAAAUAUAGAAAAAAAUCAAUGUACAAAUUGAAAAGGACAUUUACUGAAGUAAAUGUGUGUGCUUGCUAGUCUUGCAUUAUUUAUGGUUGUGAAAUAGUAGUAGUGGUAGUGACAGCGGUAGGAAUAUGGUUUUCAUAGGCUAUGGGUUAGUUAUAGUGACCUAUUUUAGGGCGGUUUGUAGGUGUGUAGUUAUUAUAGUGGGAUAUACAGUGCAUUCGGAAAGUAUUCAGACCCCCUUUUCCACAUUUUGUUACGUUACAGCCUUAUUCUAAAAUUGAUUAAAUAAAUAAAAAAUCCUCAUCAAUCUACACACUACCCCAUAAUGACAAAAUGAAAACAGGUUUUUAGAAUUCUUUGCAAAUGCAUUAUAAAUAAAAAACAGAUACCUCAUUUACAUAAGUAUUCAGACCCUUUGCUAUGAGACUCGAAAUUGAGCUCAGGUGCAUCCUGUUUCCAUUGAUCAUCCUUGAGAUGUUUCUACAACUUGAUUGGAGUCCACCUGUGGUAAAUUCAAUUGGUUGGACAUGAUUUGGAAAGGCACACACCUGUCUAUAUAAGGUCCCACAGUUGACAGUGCAUGUCAGAGCAAAAACCAAGCCAUGAGGUCGAAGGAAUUGUCCGUAGAGCUCAGAGACAGGAUUGCGUCAAGGCACAGAUCUGGGGAAGGGUACCAAAAAAAUUCAGAGAACACAGUGGCCUCCAUCAUUCUUAAAUGGAAGAAGCUGGCCGCCUGGCCAAACUGAGCAAUCGAGGUAGAAGGGCCUUGGUCAGGGAGGUGACCAAGAACCUGAUGGUCACUCUGACAGAGCUCCAGAGUUCCUCUGUGGAGAUGGGAGAACCUUCCAGAAGGACAACCAUCUCUGCAGCACUCCACCAAUCAGGCCUUUAUGGUAGAGUGGCCAGACGGAAGCCACUCCUCAGUAAAAGGCACAUGACAGCCUGCUUGGAGUUUGCCAAAAGGCACCUAAAGGACUCUCAGACCAUGAGAAACAAGAUUAUCUGGUCUGAUGAAACCAAGAUUGAACUCAUUGGCCUGAAUGGAGGAAACCAGGCACCGCUCAUCACCUGGCCAAUACCAUCCCUACGGUGAAGCAUGGUGGUGGCAACAUCAAGCUGUGGGGAUGUUUUUCAGCGACAGGGACUGGGAAACUAGUCGGGAUCGAGGGAAAUAUGAACGGAGCAAAGUACAGAGAGAUCCUUGAUGAAAACCUGCUCCAGAGCGCUCAGGACCCCAGACUGGGGCGAAGGUUCAUCUUCCAUCAGGACAACGACCCUUAGCACACAGCCAAGACAACGCAGGAGUGGCUUCGGGACAAGUCUCUGAAUGUCCUUGAGUGGCCCAGCCAGAGCCCGGACUUGAACCCGAUCGAAGAUCUCUGGAGAGACCUGAAAAUAGCUGUGCAGCGACGUUCCCCAUCCAACCUGACAGAGCUUAAGAGGAUCUGCAGAGAGGAAUGGGAGAAACUCCCCAAAUACAGGUGUGCCAAGCUUGUAGCGUCAUACCCAAGAAGAUUUGAGGCCUGUAAUCCCUGCCAAAGGUGCUUCAACAAAGUACUGAGUAAAGGGCCUGAAUACUUAUGUAAAUAUGAUAUUUCCAUUUUUUAUUUGUAAUACAUUUGCAAACAUUUCUUGCUUUGUCUUUAUGGGGUAUUGCGUGUAGAUUGAUGAGAAUUUAACAAAAAAAUAAUUUUAGGAUAAGGCUGUAACGUGACUGUGGAAAAAGUGAAGGGGUUUGAAUAUUUUCCAAAUGCACUGUUGUUGGCUAGUAUAGUAGGCUAGAGUGAGUACCAUAGCAUCAUAAGCCAUAUAAUGUGUUUUUAAGCUCUCAAAAUGGUUUAGUUUCAACAUUCUGAAAGUUGUGGCAUUGAUUUCAGUUUAGAAUGUUGAAGCCUGCAUUCCACCGUUGAAAUGAAUGGAGAUACAACAAUCUCUAUAGCUUAUGAAUGGUUGCAAGAAGCUGUGUUGUAGCCAUCUAAGUUGAGUCAGUCUGCACAUUUCCACGUUGGGUUGGUGAUUGUAGCUGAAACAGAUCAAGAGCAGUGGUGAAUAAAAUGUUUUCCUUUUGAAGUCUAUGGAGCUUUUAUGCAAAUGUUUAACUGUUAUUAUUCAAAUGUGCAAAUAGCAUGAACAGUCUUUUGACAAGCAAUUUAAGUUGAGUCAUUCUGUACAUGUCAACGUUGGUUUGGUGUUUGUUUGCUUUAACGGUUCCAGAGCAGUAGCGGAUCCAAAUACUUCCCAUUGAAGCCCAUGGAGCUUUUAGGAACAUUUUUAAAAUGGUUAUAGUUCAAAAAGCAUAAAUGGUUGAAGUCUAGGCACGGCGCAACAUUUUACCAUUCAAGUCUAUGGCUGUUGAAAUACAUUGGAAUUUAUGCAAAUUUGGAUUUAGUGUCAAAAGUAUAAGUAGUAUACUAGUGCUAGUUGAUUUGGUGUUGGUAACUUUUUUUGACAGGUUCCAGCAGAAGGAGAAUAAUAAUAAGUGUGAACAGUUUCUUAAAUUGUACUUGGUUUUCAGCAAGCACAUCUGUUAAAUCGGGGGUGUAACUGGCAAGCAAUUCUUCCUUGUAACACUAAAGAGGUCUUGAACUGUGCUUUUUUUUGCAGGAAUCGGACAAAGACUCGCCUGAAGCAUAGGGAGGGGAUGAUGGACACUCCCAACCUUACUACAAAGACCACCCCCGACCUCCCCACCACCUCUCCUAUCAUGGCCUCUCCUCUCCUGUCACACUCCUCUCUUUCCCCUUCACCUGUACUGUAGGCAGCCUCUUGCUGAUCCUCUGUCCCUGCCCGCCGCUUACCUCUAACCUCUGACCUCCACCUGCUCCUCCUCAGCAGGGUCAGGGAGAGAACUCGCUGGGCCCCAGAGGAGAGGGGCUCCCUCACACUACACACACACUCCGGACACCAAACUAGACCUUACUACUGCAAAGUCCCACCACAUUCCAUGAUCCCUACAGUAGCACAGCCAGCGCUAAAGACAUCCUACACAUGUCAGACUGUGGCAUCUCCCCCCGUUUUCCCCCUUUUUUCAAUGGAAAAUUUUGAAUACAGAUGUAGUUUUUCCUGUUAGUUUUCUUUGUCCAGAGGGUGAUGAAGUGGAUUCCUACUUUAUUAAAUGAACUUUGGGUUCUUUCCUUUUUUAAGUUAAAAAGGAAAAAUGUAUUGUUAAAGUAACUGUUAGGACCUGCUGACCUUACACUACAAUUGUUCUCUUUGACUCCUUUGCUGAAAACUCACAUACUGUAAAUGUGCAUUGAUUCAUGAAUACAUAGAUACUGUAUAUGCAUACUUUGGCUGAGUAUUUUGGAGGGGCAAGGGCAUAAGGGAGGGUCCCAGCAUGUCAGACGGGUCACUAAGUAACUGUAACCAUGGAGAUGCAUGGAGGAAGUCUGUAAGUGCAGAGCCAGUAGGAGGGGUGCUGUGACCCGGCCUCGCUGUGGGAGCAGUAGGACAGGUCUACAGAGUAGAGGUUUUAAUCCUACUGUAACUACUUUAGGAAGAGGUGUCCCAUAUAAUCUGUUAUCAACACUCGCUGUAUUGUUGCUAAUUUCAUUAACACAGAACAUUUCGUUUUUGUAAAAGGUGACCGUUAAUAAAAGGGAUGCUUAAUAAAUCUG